CUUAAAAAGAGCGGGGUCACAAUGUUAUAAACAGACACUAGCUACAUACUUGAUCAUAGUGUAUUCAGCAUCUACAGUAUGUUGUAGAUAAUGUAUAUAUACUAUUGUGGGCUCUCAGAGUAUGUGAUAAGACCAGUAUGACCCGACUGCAGUUGAUGAUCAUGGCCGCGACAGGAGCUGCUGGACUUGUACUUGCCAUUCUUUUGAAGGUUGAAUUUGCAUGGACAGGAGGAAAUGCCUUCUCUGCGCCAACAGUAGAAACACAUUGUGGCCCUGUAGCAGGGGACAUAAGCAAUGGCGUUUAUACAUUUAAGGGUAUACCGUAUGCAGUUCCCCCUAAACGAGAGCGUCGCUGGAAGGCUCCCGAGGGUUUAAGUCGGGAGAAUGGAACGUGCUGGAGAGGUACCUAUAAAGCCAAACAGUUUGGCUCUAUGUGUCCGCAGCAUCUACCAACAGACCAGUCAUAUGCAGGGGAUGAAGACUGUCUAUACGUCAACAUCUUCACACCAACACUAAACCCUAAAGCCAACCUUCCUGUGCUGGUAUGGAUCCACGGGGGCUAUCUGUUGUUCGCAAAUGGCAAUUGGCCGAAAUAUGGACCCGAUGAGGACACUUCGGCAAAAUUGAAGGAAUUUGUAUUUGUCACUUUUAACUAUAGGCUUAACAUAUUUGGGUUCUUAGCUCUUGAUUUGUUGAGCGGUGCAUCUCCAACUAAACAUUCGGGCAACUAUGGGUUUAUGGAUCAAAUAUUGGUCCUUAAAUGGGUGCAACGAAAUAUAAAGGCAUUUGGAGGAAAUCCUGAUUUGGUUACGAUCUAUGGACAAAGUAGUGGAGGGACUUCUGUGUUUGCGCUGAUGUUGUCUCCAUUGGCCGAUGGUCUAUUCCACAGGGCUUGGUCUAUAAGUGGGUCUCCAAUUAUAAACAAAGAUCUGGCCACAGUAUCUAAAGACAAUCUAAAAAUCCUCGAGGCAACUGGGUGUACCACAUUAAGAUGUCUUCAACAACUUGAUCCUAAAAAGUUGGUCCAGGCGAUGGAAGUUCUCUGGAACUAUGUGGAAGAGAUGUCAGAUCUGCCUACAAAGGGGAACUUUGAUGCAUCGCUUAUUUUUGCUGAUGGAACAGUUAUCCCCGAUCUGAAUUUCAAGUGGAAAGACGUACCAUUCAUGAUAGGCACAACUGCCCAGGAGAUUGACAUGGGGCCAGUCCCUGCUGAAGUAAGAACAUGGAGCAAGCAGCAAUACAAUGCAUAUGUUAAGACGAAACUAGACACAUUUGGUAAGGCUAUAUCAGCCAAGGCUCUCGAGCUUUAUCCAACUUCCAAUUCCAGCGACCCAGAGUAUCUGUACACUAGUAUGGUAUCUGACAUGAGGGUGAACUGCCCCAAUGAUGUAUUAGCCAAUCAGGCUCAGAGCUCAGAUAGAACGACAGGCGUUUAUAGAUACGUCAUCACAGAGUUUCCAUCAGUCCCAACAAUAGCCUUCAAGGGGUUUACAUUCAAAGCCAAGUAUGCUUUCCAUAAUUUUGACAAUAUGGCUUUUUCUGGCCACAUACCGAAUUUUAUUGAAUCACCAACAGCAAAAGACAUACAGUUUCAACAGACAAUGAUGGAAAAUAUCAUAAGUUUCGUACAAAUUGGUUAUCCAAAGGCAAGCAAUUGGAAGCCGUGUCCAAUGGGUACCGCAUUGCUAGGGGCCAAAGUGAACUUUUCUUCUGGCGCCCAUGGCUACGCACCAAAUAAAUGCAAAUUUUGGAUGGAGAAUCACUUUUAUGAUUAUGCAUGGAUUAAUUAAACCAACCAUUUUUAAAUGUUGAUAGGCUAA